UUUGCUUCUCAACUUGUAGGUGGCAAACUUCCAUUCUCGUUUCAAGUCCAUACCCAGUAUUGUUAACCUUGACAACUUAAAGGUUUUUGGUGAUGUUUGAUUUGGUUCAAGAAUAGUGUUGAAGAACUCAAGAAGAAACAUCAAAGAGAUUCCCUUUGCAGAACUUGACUUUGGCCCCUCAACCUUUCAAGACUUUUAUUUGUUUACGUUUGUUACACUUCUAAUAUUUUGUAUUAAUGAGGGUUCGACCGACAAAUACUUCAAGGUCAUUAUUGUUGAUGCAGCUCACAGUAUCAUUAUCCACAACGACCUAAAGAUUAAUUCUAGAGUUAUCGUUAAACUUACUUUUAUGGUACCUUUUGUCUAGAAUUGAUAUGAUUUCAAAUCAGUUUUAGUUGCCUAUUUGAUGUGCUUGUCUAGUCCCAUAAGUUAGUCAUUCUACUCAACUUGUAUUAUUUGAUAAUUUGCAUUCUGAUAUAUUUUUUAAUAUCUAUUAUUUUUCUAUGGGUUUGUUUGACAAAUAAGUUUUUUUUUAAUGAAUUUUGGAUUUUGGUUGAAGUAAAGAUAUAAGUUAUAUUCUUCUAUUUGUCUUGUAAAAAAAAACGUUUGAAAUAUUUUUUGUGUGAUAAUAUUAUAAUUUUUUAAUAUUUAUUUUUUAAAAUAUUAAGAAAAUUAGCGAUGGAAAUUUAAUUUCGUCACUAGAUUUAGCAAUGGAUAUUAAAUUUCAUUGCAAAAUUUAACGACGAAAUUAAAUUUUUUUUCACAAAAUGCAUUAGCAAUAAAAAAUUUUAUGAUCGACAAUUUCGAUUUUAAUUUUAAAUUUUUAGCCCGGGUAGUUUAUAAUUCCUGGCUCCGCCAUUGCUUUUUGGUAUCAGAGCGAUGUCCGGCUAAAUCUCUAAACAGGUAUUUUAGAAAGGCAUCGAAGGUGAUGAUAUUUAUCUUUAUAGUUAUUUGAAUAUUUCGUGUUUAUAAUUAUAUAUGAUUUUCCCUGAAUAAAUCUUAUUGAGUGAUAUGCUUUAGUAAGGUGAAAUCAAGCCAAAGAUGAUGGCACAACAGCACCUGGAACAAGGUAUCACCAAUAAUAUUUAUAAUUGGAAAUCAUAUAAUAAUUAUGACUGAAAGACUAGAAAAAACUAUAAAAGAUUGGUAUCAAAACUCGAGAGUAGCUGAUCUUGAAUACCUGGACUUAGCAACUGAAUUAAGACUUAAGGACAUCUCUCAUAAUAUAGACGUAGUCUAUGAUCGUUUGAUACUACAUUCCAGAAUUUCUAGAAGUGAAUAUAGAACUUUACUUAAAGUUGUCAAUGAAAACCAAGCUGAGUUAUUAAAUUCCUUGGAAACAAUUUCUAAGGUUCAGCAAAGGUUACAAAAGGAUGUGUUUGAACUUCAAAAGGAAAUUUUAUUUUAUAAACCUUUGACAGUAAAGGAUAUUAGGGAAUUGCUUCUUGAAAAACAACCAAAAAUUUUGGAAGAACAAUCUGUGAUUGUUCUACAAAACCUCCAAACUCAAGUUAGGCAAUUACAGGAGGUAGUGAAAGAUAUUAAAAGGCAGUUUGCAUGAAUCUACCCCAAUCGGCGUCUGCAAAGACAUAUCUUGAAGCUUUAGAAAAUACAGAAGUGAUCAGUAACCCUGCUAUUGGUUUCAUAUUUGCUAAAGAAGCUUCUGUCAAAGAUAUUAAUAGACAAAAUAAUACAAUUAUUGAGCUCUUAUUGUCUAUUAAUAAUAAGCUUGAUUUAUUGCUAAAAAAGCCUGCUGAUUCUUCUAAUCAAGUUGCUGAUUUAGCAAAACAGCUGGAAGGUCUGAAUUUGGGAAAAACAAAGUCAAGAAAGGAAGAACCGUUCUUUGUAUACAAAGACCCAUUAAAAAUCCUAAAGGAGGAAAAAGAAAAAUUAAAGAAGAACCGUGAAGAAAAUGACGAGCAGAACAAGGCCUAAGAUCACUGAAGCCAUCACAACAAUAGAAGCUCCACAACCAGCUGUAUCAACUCAGGAAGACCAAAUUCGGAGUUAUAGAAGGAUGGCCAGAUUAAAAUAUGAAGCUCAAAGAAGGUUAUCUCGAAGACAAGGAAAUAGUCGAACACUGGAAAGCCAACUAAAUCCAGAAGCAGAACUGGAAUUAUCACAACAGCGAAGAGCAUCUCUGGUACCAGCAGAAACAUUAUAUACAACACACUGGUCUGAACCAAGGCAUCGGGUAUAUCAACACUAUUCUGAAACAAGAGUUCUGGUAACUGAAGGACAACAAAAUCUAUCCCUUAUAAAUGCAUAAAGUUAUGGAAUUCUUAGAAGGGAAGGUAUGCAAUUAAUACAUUUGGGAUUAGUUAUGAUACGCAUACAUGCUCUACACAGAAGAAAUGCAGGAACAAAUGCGUUGAUCGUCUUGAGAGAUACCAGAUGGACAGAUGACAGAUCUAUAAUCGGGACUAUGGAAGUUGAUUUAUCUGAAGGUACCCAGCUUGUUUACAUAGCACCAAAUUUAUUAAUCAGUGUAGAAGAUUUUUAUCAUCACAUUGAAAUUGCUAUACAAACGCAUGGGUAUGAACAAUGGAAUUCUGCAGAAAGUAAUCUUUUAAUAACCAGAGGACUUAUUGGCAGACUAACAAACACUAGUCAUGCAGGAUUUAGAUACAAUAUACAGAAUGUUGCUGAUUAUCUAGCAAGCACAGGUAUUAAUGCUGUUCCGGCAACACCAAGAACAACUGCGGAAUUGCAAGGAAUGCGAUGGAUAUUACAACCACCAAAUACUCCUCAAAUACGAAAUCCACAGUCAGUAAGAACAACAACACUGUUAGAUGGAUCAAUCUCAUUGGCAUUCUCUGGAUAUCGAUCAAUAGGAAAUCCGAGGCCAAGUAAUUAUAACAAAGAUGAUGUAGAAGAUAUACAUGAAGAGGAAUUCGCUGGGGUAUUCUUUCAUGAAUAUGAGCUUGGUACACCAGACACAAAUGAUCGGUGGGACACCUUGGGUGAGCCUACAGGAAGGUACAAUUUUUAUGUAAAUUAUGCUGCACCGCCUCCUGCUCCAUUUAUUCCUCCUACUAAACCUUGUUGGGAUGAUGAUGAUGACAAUGAGGAUAACAACGAAGAGGAAGUGGUUUGUCCAAGCAUUUGGGAGGAUACACCUUGGGAAGAUGAUCCAGAAUUUGAUCCAAAUGAUUUAGCAGAAGAAGGCUCAGAUGCUAAUGAGCCAGUGGUAAAUCAAGAAGAAGAAGAGGAUCCAGAAUCCUAUUAUUUGGGACUUCAAAAUUAGGAGCUGGAUUAUCCAUUAUUUGCACCAAUCCAAGAAGAAAUACCAGAAGAUGAAGAAUAUUGGCAACAGGUGGUACAACAUGUAGAACAGAUUGAAGCACAAUUACCAAUACAAAAUGGGUGGCAUAAUCCAAUACCACUUGAUUAUUCUCUGGAAGAAUUUAUUGAUAGAAUUCCUGAAGGAAUGGCUGAAGGAAAUUGGUAUGAAGUAUAUGAGAAUCCAGAACAAGAUGAAAAUGAAAUUUACAAUGUCCCUGAGCAGAUUAAUAAUGAGGUAACCAACAUAUCUGAUAAUAUUUCAGCCCUUAAUUUGCAACAGGAACAAGAACAUAUGCAGGAGCAUGAAGUAGCACAUGUGAAUACGGAACAUCUGGAAUAUCCAAUGUUCAGGCAAUUAGAAAAGGCUUUAGCUUCAACUUCAGAAUCAGCAAUCUCCAAUUAUAAGCAGCCUAAUGAGCCUUUAAUGGGACAGAUUAAUUAUCCACCGACGCAAGGAACAACUCCUCAAUUCAAUGAUAAUGGACAAUUCAAAGGCAGAUUUAAAGGUAAAGCUCUUGAACAUAAUACUUGGGUAUUACCAUCUGCUCAACAAAAUACUGGUGCCAUGUUAGUAUUACCAGAAGAUAUUAGUCAAUACCAUGAUGUUAUUUCACGAUGGGAAUCAAUUACUAAUAAUUUGGUAAAUGAUAGAACAUGGUUAGAUAACAAACAAAAGGUUCAAUUUAUUGAAAAUCUUCUGGGAGAAAAUGAAAAGAAAAUGUGGAUACAAUGGCGAAUGAUGUACGCUCAGGAAUAUGAGGAACUUAUUCAAAUGGCGGGAGAAACUCAGAAUGUAUUAUCAGCUAUCAGGCGGUUUAUUCUACUUGAGAACCCAUAACAAGGUACGACUGUAGAACAAGAUCAAGCUUAUAUAGAUCUGGAACGAUUAACAUGUUCUAGUAUGAAAGAUGUUCUACACUUUCUGAAUGAUUAUAAAGUCUUAGCUGCUAAAUCUACCCCGAACGGUCUUCACUGGUCUCGGAUCAGCUUUGGAUAUUCUAUCUCCCCCGUUCGGGGUCGAGUGACAUCUAUCUCUCCCGUUCUGGGUCG